CUCAGUUCUCUCUGAAUCUUGGAGAGGAGAGAUUGUAUCAAGACUCAAGGGAAGAGACAGAGACACACAUCAGCUACAACUGAACGUUUCUGUGAGCGUUUAUCUCCUGCCGUGACAAUGAGUGGAAGAUGUUCAAAAGAAAAAAAGGAGCAGUCGGGUGGAGGAUUGUCGAAGUGUGAAAGAUUUUUGAUGGGUGGAGGAUGGUCAGAAGAACAAAAGGAGCAGUUUGCUGCUGAGCUUUUCCAGUCUGUCCAGGGGACUUCAGUGAUACCUGAUAUUGGUAUUGACGACUCCAUACUGAAGUACUCGGGACUGGACUCGGCCUCUGCUCUGGACGACUACUCUUCUCAGCUUAUAGACCUGAUCAUUAAGGGUUCAGGCUACCUGAAGGACCUGGGUUCCUCUUUAUCCAGUUUCAGCAUCGUCCCGAAUGCUGUUGGGCUCGGAGCUCUGGUCAUCUCCAUACUCCUGGAAACCUUCAUGAUUAGUCUAAAGAAGACCGAAGAUGAAGCGGAUGUGUCGGGAAUGAUGCGGCGGGUGUUCGCUGAAGAAAAGGCCUCGGAUGUCCGAGACACCAUGUCUGAGUACAUCAAACGCUUUGGUUUAAAAAUGCACAAUCCUGAAGAGCUGCUGUACGAAACUAAGCGCUUGGAGGAACAGCUCAGCAACGGGCUGACCCGGCUCAGGAACUCCAUGCUCCACGAUAACCAAAUCAGCACACGCUCAAUGAAGCACUGGACCAACGGCGCAGCGUUCCACCUGCAGAUGUUCAUCCACAAGGCCCGGAUGGAGGUGGCGAAAAGAGGGAGUUCCAGUUCUGAGCUCGACAGGCAGGUGCUCUCAGUCGGAGAACUGGCCGAUCAGUACUGAAACGACAUGAAAAACCUUCUAACCAAGUAUGAGGCUUACAAACGUUCUACCAUCAAAACCAGCACAACAAGAAUGGUCCGUUUUGAACAGAAGGGUGAAUUUGCAUACACGAAAUUUAGACAUUUAGAUUCAGAGUUAAAGACGGAAGCUGGGUUUGAAAAUGAUCAAGAUCAGGGCCGCUACAAAAGAAACCUAGAAGACACCUAUCAGAACUACAUGUUUGAGAACUGGAAUCUGCUUAAAGAGCUCAGGGAGUAUUUCCCCUCCAUCAAAAAAAACCUUCAAGAGACGAUAAAGCAGAACACGACCUUUUCCAUCGAGAAGUUCUUACCUGAUAGAACGAUAUCAGGUAAAUGAUAGAACAGAUAACUGAAUGUAACUGUAAUUACGGCCUAUGAUUAGCUUAAUAAUCCAGCAGAGUUGAUCCUGGUCUUUGUGUGGUGAGCUGUAGUGAGGACACUUAAUUUGUCCUCAGACUCAGUAUACCUGUAGUUCUGCCUCAGUUUAGCUUAUUUUACCUUAUUUACAACUUUAUUUAACCCUUUACUUUGCAGUAUCUGGCCCAAUUCAAUUUUGGAAAUCUUUUUUUUAAUUUUAUUAAGUUUUAAUGGAAAACAGCCAAACUUAAUAAAACUAAUCUUUCCAGGACUUUUAGCUUUCUGUUGAUUUUUCAUGGUGGGUAUAUUUGGCUGUUUUGUAUUAUGUUAAUCUGUGAUUUAAAUACUUUAAUUAAUUGUGAAAUGGACAAUAUUGUUUGUGAAUCGCAUAAAAAUGUGUUUUUCUUUCAAAAAGAGGGAAGUUUGCAAUGAUCCUAAACAUUUGAGUGGUAGUUUAUUCCAGCUCCAGCUGCCUUCAUAUCAUUUACUCAUCCUUACGGAGAGAGAGAGAGAGAGAGAGAGAGAGAGAGAGACACACAGAGAGACACAGAGAGAGACAGAGAGACAGACAGAGAGACAGAAAGAGAGAGACAGUCACUCUAAAUCUCUUGGAUCCAGUCCACUGAACUCUGAUUCCAUUGGACUAAGAUAGUACACUGCUACGAACCCAAAAUAAAUACCCCUUACUACCACUUUUAUAUUUGGUUGUUUUGUAUUAUGUUAAUCUGUGAUUUAAAUACUGAAUGUAUGUCUCUAUUAAUGUACUCAUUUAUUUGCUUAUUUGCAUAUAUACUACAUUUUACCCCAGAUCUUCCGUCCUGAUGUUACACGCAUGAAAAAAAGAACAAUAAAGUGCUGAAAAUCCAAGUUUGGACACA